AUGGACAACGCGGAGAUGGAGAUGAAUAAAUUAAAUAAUCCCGCUUCCCCAACCACGCCCCAUCCGCCAUCCACCAAGAAACCCGCGAAACCCGCUCCACGUAUCUACUCGGCUGUCUACUCGGGCGUCGGGGUCUACGAAGCUAUGAUACGCGGUAUAGCUGUAAUGCGCAGACGUGCUGAUGGCUACAUGAACGCCACACAAAUUCUCAAAGUGGCCGGCGUCGACAAGGGCAAACGCACAAAGAUCCUCGAGCGUGAAAUCCUCGCUGGUCUCCACGAGAAGAUCCAAGGCGGCUACGGCAAAUACCAAGGCACUUGGAUUCCCUUUGAAAGAGGCCGUGAGCUUGCUGCUGCCUACUCAUCCGAGCACCUCCUAGCUCCCAUUUUCGAUUUCGAUCCUGCAGCUGUGAGCAGUGCAGGUGGCCGCACAGCCAAGAGUCCCAAUAAGCGAGCCCGAGCGCAGAAUGACGUUACCCACACCCAAACUCCUGCUUCGACUCACAAAACUCCUUCUCCUCUCUCUCCUACUUCAACCUUGCACCACAAUAGCCUCCUCUCCCUCCACAACGCACGCACCAGCGGCAUUUACGUUGGCGGUGUAGACGAUCCCAACGAUGACGGCUUGGGGAGGAAGGAGGUGGUCCCUCACACCCACUCAUCCAACUCCAAGCACCCAACCCUCCACAAGAAACCUUACCAACCACCGCCCGGGACUUCCGCCCAGAUCCUAACGCGCACCCAACACGCCCUCACUUCCCUCUUCCAAGCUCCCCCUACAGACACUCUCCCCGACAGCAUAGCUAUUCUUGACCCUACCAACGGUGCGCUACAUCCAGAUUUAGCAAUAGACGAGCUAGGUCAUACGGCAUUACACUGGGCAGCGUCUCUGGGGCGCGUAGCGACAGUACGCCACCUGCUGUCAAAGCGGUGUGAUGGAACGCGCGGCAAUAUCGCAGGUGAGACACCGCUCGAGCGAUCCGUGCUAGUAGUGGACAGCUACGAACGACGUGCCUUCUCCCAGCUACUCCAUCUUCUCGCGGACACAAUCCGCGUCGUCGACCGCGCUCGUCGAACUGUCCUCCACCACAUCGCUCUCAUCAGCGCAGUAGCCGGGCGUGCAGCCAGCGCGCGCUACUAUAUGGAAACGCUCCUCGAGUAUGUCGCUAGGUGUGAACAGGGCGAUUACUCAUCCCUUGUUGAUGUCCAAGACGAGCAUGGCGAUACGGCUCUCAAUAUCGCAGCCAGAGUGGGUAAUCGCCAUCUCGUACAGAUGCUAGUUGAUGCUGGUGCUAAUACUACCACUCCCAAUAAACUCGGUUUGAAAGCGGGCGAUUUCGGCGUCGUUGAGUCUCUCGCUACUUCUAGCUCUAGCUCGCAGGAGGUAUCACAAUUUAAUCCCAACACUCAAUCCCACACCCAUCCCAGCGCUGAUGAAAUGCUCGCUAACCUCCACCCACCCCCGCCAGUGCACGUCGAUAGCAGCACGCACGUCAUGCGCAGAUUGGAGGGUGUGCUAAGCGACCUUGACCGCUCCUUCGGUGUGGAGGUGGCGGCGAAGAACAAACUCCUCUUCGAAAUACAGGCUGAUCUUAAACAGCACUCUCACGAACUCGCCGAUGUGCGUAAGGAGAUAGCUUAUUGGGAGACCAAAGCGACGCAGAGGGCGGAACUUGAGCAGAAAGUGAGGAAUGUUGAGGAGGCGAUUGCGAAUGAGGGUGUGGGAGUGUGGACGUUAAAAGGUGAGAGUACACAGGAUGUGGAGGGUGCAAAAAAUACAGAGCACAAUAGUGAAGACCUCAAAUCACCUUGGGAGACCGACGUCAUGACGAGCAGCGCACAAACACCUGACACACCUGAAACACUACACCAUCUCCAAAAGCUUCACCGGUGGAUGAACGGCACGCAGAAGUUGACAGAGGAGCGUGUCGCAUCGAUCGAUGGUCUCAGCGCCUCUAAGGAGGUUAAAUACAAGUCGAUAGUGAGCGUAUGCACUGGCGUUCCCGAAGAGCAAGUCGAAGGGAUGUUAGGAGAGUUACUCGAGGCUGUAGAGAGUGAUGCUAGUGCGGAUAUGUCCAAGGUGAAUGAGUUUCUCGCCAGGCAUGGCAACUAG